UAUUCGCUGCUGUGCAGAUUGAGAAGCCUGCUUACUCAAGUAAUCUAGCUCUGUAGCAUCUCGUGUCGCUACUCUUCUCAGUCAACACCGCGUACGUGCCAUGGCUAGCUUGCCAGGAAGUUGUGGCCGAGCAGUUUUUGGAGAGACAAGGCAGUUGAAUUUUACAGGAAUACCACUGAGUUUGUUCAGAAACAUAUGAAUAACCAUCGUUCAAGAAUAUUCCAAGCACGUUUUCUUAACCAACCAACAGUCUUUAUUGGAUCGAAUACAGCUGUGAGGGAAUUGCUGCAUGACAAGUACAACUGUUUUCGAAUGGGAUAUAAGGAUUUCUUUCACCAAAUUUAUGGCAACAGCCUGCUAUUUUCAGAUGGAUUAGAAGCAGAAGAAUUAAGACAGAGCUUACAUGAUCUCUUCCAACCAGCAUCAACAUCACUAAAUGAACAUAGUGUGCAGAUUGAUAGGUUUGCGGAAGAAGCUGUGGAGACCAUGUUGUCAAAGGACUACAUUCUGGUGUAUGAGCAUUUCAAGCAGGUGACAACGCAACUUUGCCUUUCUCUGUUUCUCGGCCUGGAUCAUUCCCUGUCAGUGGAUCUAAUGAAGGAGCUCUGCGAAUUAAGCACUGUGCACUGGCAUGGUAUGAUCUCAGUCCCACUGAGCCUGAGUCUUCCCUGGCUAGUGUCUUCAGGCUUUAGCAAAGCAUUGCAUGCAAAGGAGCAGCUGUUGAAAAUCAUAAAGAAGAGACUGCAGACUGCAGAAGAUGGCUUUCCUGCACGGAUCAAGACUGCCCUGCAGAGCGAAGACGCUGAACAAAACCUAUUGCUUUUCAUCUCUGCGCUCGUGCCGAAAGCGUUGUCAUCCCUCCUCACAUCGUUCAUCUGCUGCUCACACCUCUGGUGCCAUGAACCUCUGAUUAAAAAUGGGGAAUUGGACGUUUCCCUCUUGGAAUGCAUUCUACUGGAGGUGAUGAGAAUAUGGCCACCAUUUAUAGGUGGUAGGCGUGUUGCAAUUAUGGAGUGUACCAUUGGUGGGUUUCACAUACCAAAGAAUUAUGCAGUGAUAUACCUGGCACAUGCAGCCCACCUUGACCCAGAAGCUUUUCCUCAGCCAGAAAGCUUCUUACCUGCUCGCUGGAAAGACUGCAGCGAUUCUGACAAGGAGAAACUCUACUGUUUUGGUGGUGGACCAAGAAAUUGCAUUGGCCAGCAUCUUGUCUGGACAAUCUUAAAAGCGGUCACAAGCAGACUGGUGAUGCGCAGCACGUGGGACAUUGUCGAGAAUGCCGGUUCUCCUCGCAAGUGGCUGCCAGUGUCACGACCUCUGCGAUCUCCUUUGGCGAAGUUUGUUUCUACUGCAGGAAAGCCUACCUGGUCUAGUCAAAGACCUGCUGUGAUCGUGAUGAAUGCUGAUAAACAGCAGAAAGAGGACAAUGUUAAGAAGAACCUUCUGGUAAUUGCCUGUAGUGAUGAUCCCGUCUGUGAGACAGGCGGUACGGCCCAUUGUUUUGGAGAGGUCGCUGCUUCUUGUACCAGUGAUACAGAAAUCCAGUGACCAUAUGCUUGAAUGUCACAUGUAAUGUUAACUGUGGUUAAUGGUAAUAAAGUCUGACAACAUCUAAGGCAGAACGUUUGUAACAGAUGAAUGUUGGGGUUCUAAAUUGUAAACUAUAUAGAGCACAUACAUUCAGCAGUGUAUUGCAACAGUCUAUAUGUGCCUUUGAAACUAUACAUUAAAAUUGCAAACGUGUACAUGCGUGUAUACAUACACUCUAAAACGCCAUAGCAGUUUUUACUGCGUGAAUGCGUUAUUUUUUCUAAUGACAUUUUGAUAUUAUAUGCAUGAAGAUCUCAGUGAUAUUGAUAUUUUUUAUAAUAGAAACAUUGAUAAAAUUGUGCAUUCCAAUUAUUUAUAUACACACAGUGCAUUAAAAUAUGAUAAUUUAUUAUGAGCACAUAUAAUGCUCAUUUGAUGUUUUUGAUCAUGUUCAGCAUUUAGACGUGUUGAUUGAUAUCUAUGCACUUGUAUAGGUUAAGAAUGUCGUUGUCAUAACAUAGCUGAGAUCAGAGAAAAGCAGGUUUUCAAUAUGAUAGACCAAAAGUAAACUUUGCUGUACUUUGAAUUCUUAUCAAAUAUUCAUAUAUAGUUUUUCAACAGAGCUGUUAAGUUGGUCUGAAGAGUUUGUGACUUUACCUGGCAGUAGUGUGUUAAGGGGGUUUAAGUUUGUGUGUGUGUGGGGGGGGGAUACCCUCCAUGUAAAAGGUUUUUGGUCGGGCCUGAAAUGCAAUAUCCUACAAUAUUCUCAGAGAUAUAUUAAUAUACAGCUUAUGAAAACUGCAGUGUGUGAAAAUUCACUAAUACAGACUAACUGUUAUACAACCAUUUUGUUUUACCAUGGCAAUAUAUAUAUAUAAUUUUGUGUCGGUGCAGAUUUAAAUAUAAGAUUACUAAUUAUCUUACAUGCUCAUGGUUCUGUAAGUAAUUGCAGAAGCAAACCCCCAAGUGUGCUUCAAAUUAUUUUUUUGCAAAAGUUUAUAAUGUGGUUAUAAAGAUAUUAGAAAAAUCUGAUGAUUCUGUUGAUUGUUUAAUUCCUCUGUAGCUGCAUUAAAAUAUUUAUAUUUUGAAAAAAAGUUA